AUGGGAGGCGAGGUGAUUGAGUCACGAUUUUUCAGGGCAGUUUACGGCCACGUCGGAGUGAAAGCGUUCGGUAAAAAGAAUUCUCAUCCCAAACGAAUCCCGUCGCCGCAUUUCUCUAUUCCCCUCCUUAUCCAUUCCUCUCAGGCCGCGCCCAACCAGAGAGUGAGGCGGAGGCCGACCGCCGUAGGUCGCCGCGAUGCUCGCCGGCGUGAAGCAACAGGCCGGCGUGCUCCGGGUCCGCGCGAGCGGCUUCAGCUGCCGUUGUGGUUGGAGGCUGAGGGCCGCGGCAGCCUCCACCGCUCCACGGACACGCCUCCAUCCGCGCGAUCCUCGCCGUCGCCGAGGUCGCCGCCAUCCGAGGCUUCCGUCCCCGAGCUGACCAUACUCGACGCCGACGGAGUCCGCCCUCGCCGAGCUGCGUCUCCUCCGCCGCACACCUUCGCGUCCGUCGCGACGGCGCGGCCAUUUUUAGGCGAUAGCAUCGCCCCUCGCCUCGGCGCCCACCUCGGUCGCGUCUUCUCCGAGCACGGUGUCCAUGGGCGACGGGACCCUCCUCCUCGUCUUCUCUGGCUUAUCGGACGCCGGGGAACUCGUGCGCUGCGCGUUCACCCGGAGACGACGGCGCCAUCCUGCGUGGCGGCGCCCUCCACGGCCACGUCUUCUCCUAGCACGGCGACCAGGCGCUGCCCAUGGGCGACGGGACCAUCCUGCUCGUCUUCUCCGGCCGCUCGGGCGUUCAGGAACUCGUCUGCUGCACAUGAACUCUCGAAGGACAGGUUCAGUUUUAUGUUACUGGCUCAACACAUGACCUCUCGACGGGAGGUGGUGCCGUUGGGCGCCGUGGUGGCAUCGACGGGUGGCCGGACUGGCAAAGAUGACACGGAUCUCCUUUCUGAAAAUGGAUCAGCGAUACAAUGAUGAUGGCGGCUUCUAAAACGUGUGCAUGUGGUGUACGCUUUAGGUUUGCUGCACCGGCUGUAGGUUUCGAUACGUUAUGUGGAUAUAUCAGACGACACCAGUUUUAAAUAUGGGGAGUGAGAGCACUCCACAUUAUCAAGCUUGUAGGUGUGAGUGGUGGCUUCGGGUGGGUUGAUGUAUGUUCUUGUUAGACCUUUGUUGAAUAAUUAAUAAAGAUGGCUGCAUGCAUCGAUUGAUGCUGAGGCCGGCGGUCUUAACCUCCU